GGGGGGGGGGGGGGGGGUAGAUCAGCAGCGGGAGACCUCGGCGCGGACCUUGAUUGGGCGGUUGCGGGAGAACUGUUGAACUUGAACUUUGGUGGGUGCAGCCCGGCGGGACAGUGUGGAGUGGAACACAGGUUUCUGCUCUGCUGGAGAAUAAUGGAAGGCGACGGAGAGGGAGGGAGACGAAGUUGUCUGUUGUGUUGUGUUGUGUUCUGCUCUGGUCUGGUCUGCUCUGUUCUACUUGCACGACUCACUCCGACCAGGCAGGCCACACUUGUUGGCAGCAGCACACAUACACACACUUCACUUCUCUUAUUUCACUUCACUUCACUUCACUUCUUCACUGCACCUCACUUCACCUCACUUCACUUCACCUCACUGCACUUCACUGCACCGCACGUCCCCUCACCACUUUUCGCCGCCUCGCUCCCGCCUCUCGCGUGCUGCCGGGCCUGUCCUCAGCCGGGAGAACACUGGACGGAGAGUGGCCCUCACGCAGCUUCGCUCAGCCCCUCACUCGUCAAUCUGAUCAGGGCAGGCUGGACAGGCUGGACAGGCCUCACUCACCCAGGUGAGCCGUGCAGUCUCAACCGCUGCAGCCUUCUCUGCUUUCAUCUGUGCCUGCCCUCCCCUCGCCUGAGUCGCCGCCCCUCCCCUCCCCCUCCCCUCGUCGUCCUGCUCCUCCUUGCUGCCUCUCGCGUCCUCGGCCCCUCCACUCGCCACUCGCCGCUCCCCCCAAGGACCCCAACCCAACCCAACCCCAACCAGGCUGGCCUUGUCCAGUCCCUGCUCGCACCACAAUCAACCGCGAUUGCGCUAGUAAAAUGACAGCGCCCGAGCCCCAUUGUGAUUCUGAUUCUGAUUCUGCAUCCACCACUUUUACCACUUCUGCUACUCCCACAAAACUCCCACCACUACUUCCACCCCUCCCACAGCCAAGCCCGCAGCGCUCCACCCGGCUCAUCAACGAUUCAACUCCCACCGACCCUCGCCCGCUUCCUUCCUCAACGCCAGCUUAGCACAGCACCAACACCAGUACCA